AUGAGUAAUAUUUAUAUUCAAGAACCUCCUACUUCUGGAAAAGUCGUGCUCAAAACUUCAUUUGGCGAUAUUGAAAUUGAAUUAUGGUCAAGAGAAGCUCCAAAAGCAUGUAAAAAUUUCGUUCAGCUGUGUACUGAUGGAUAUUAUGAUGGAGUCUUGUUUCAUCGUAUUGUCAAAGGUUUUAUAGCUCAGGGUGGUGAUCCAACGGGAACUGGAGCAGGUGGAGAAUCAAUUUAUGGUCAUCCAUUUAAAGAUGAAAUACAUUCACGUCUUCGGUUUAAUCGCCGUGGUUUGGUGGCUAUGGCAAAUGCUGGAAAAGAUGAUAAUGGAUCUCAAUUCUUUUUCACAUUAGGAUCUACUCCAGAACUUCAAACCAAACACACAAUAUUUGGAAAAGUUGCGGGUGAUACUAUCUUUAAUUUAACCAAAUUAAAUGAAACUCUUGUGGAUACGGAAGAUAAACCAGUUUAUGAUCAAAAAAUACUAAAAACUAUAGUAUUAAAUAGUCCUUUCCCUGAGAUUGUACCUAGAGUUGAAAAAAAAACUGAAAAAACUGAAAAACUUUCAAAAAAAAAAGAAGUUGUUGGUGUCAAAAAUUUUAAACUUUUAUCAUUUGGUGAAGAAGCUGAAGAGGAUGAAGAAGAACUUAUUGAUGUUGUUAAAGAGUUUAGUGGUAGACCAAAAUCAACUCACGAUGUUCUUAAAGAUCCUCAGUUAAGUUCAGAACCUGCUGUUAUAGAUAAUGAACUUACAGAUGAUAUAAAUAUACCUUCUAGUGAUCAGACAUCAAAAAUAAGUAUUGAUGAUGUUCGGUCAAAGUUGUCAUCUAAUAGUAAAAAUAAAAAAAUUUUACCUAAAUCAAUUGAACAAUCAAAUGAAGAAGAUUCUGACGAUUAUGAACUUGGCAAAGAUCUAAAAGAAGAGAAAAAAAGAAAAGCAGAGGAAAUCCGAAAAGAAAUAAACCAAAUCAAAUCACAGUUAUCAAAAAAAAAAAAAGAUAAAAAAAAGGACCUAGAUAUAGAUGAUACACCAAGUAUACCACUAUUGCCUAUUAAUCCACUUAAACAACAAUAUUUGGAAAAUAUAAAAAUGUAUUCUUCCAAAAAAAGUGACAUUCCCAAAAAAGGUUCAAAUAGAGAAGAAUUUGCUCUUGGUCUUUUAGAGAAAUUUAAAAAUAAACUGCAUAAUGCAAUACAAUCAACCCAAGAAAAACCUGAAAAACCAUCUGAAACAGUAGAAGAAGAAGAUGAUGAUUGGAAAAGUCAUCCCCUUCAAUUUCAGAAGGAUGAUGCUGUACUAGCAAAAGAUGCAAAUAAAAAAGAUGAUGAUUGGUUUGAAAUAUACGAUCCAAGAAGUGCUAUCAAUAAAAGGAAGCGUGAAUUGAAUAAAUUAAAUUCAAAAACUGACAAAGAUAAAAAAAACAAAACUUUAAAAUAUUAA